AUGACGAAGGCCUGCAGCGUCGUCUUGGUCCUCGCGGCGAGCACCAGCCUGGCUUCUGCGUUCUUCUUCGGUGACUUUGGCCCCGGAGAGCCUCUCGAACGUCGCCAGGUAAUAGAUGUGUCAUGGAGCCUGAACAACCAGACCGUCUACUUCAACAACAAGGCGCACUUCAUCAUGAACGUCACACUGUACGGCGACACGGCAGAAGAUUGGCACCAAGAGGAGGUGAUAACCACGGCUACCCACGGGGGCACGCACUUCGACGCGCCGCUCCACUUCUACAAGGACGGCUGGUCGGUCUCCGAGGUCCCGCUCGAGCGACUGGUCUUCCCGCCAGUGGCGCUAGUGGACAUCCAAAAGAAGGUGGCCUCCAACGACACAUACCAGCUGUCCGCCGGCGACCUGCGAGACUGGGAGAGACAGCACGGAAGGCUUCCCGCCGGUUGCAUCGUUUUCCUUCGCACCGGGUGGUACAAGAAAUAUUUCAACCGAACCGCCUACAGAAACCAGGACGCCAACGGCGUCUUCCAUUACCCAGCCAUCGGCCCCGACGCGGCCACGUAUCUGGUCCAGGGAGGCCGGGCGUACGGUAUCGCCAUGGACUCGGUGUCUGCGGACGUGGGCGGCCCGGUCAGCCACAACAUCCUCCUCCGCGCUCAGCUCUACAUCGUGGAAAACCUGAGCGGUCUGGAAAAAAUUCCGGCCACAGGAGCCAGGGCCAUAAUCCAGCCCAUGAAGAUAGAUGGUGCCAGCGGUGCCCCUGUUCGGGUUCUGGUCGUCUUACCGAAUUAA